GUCGGCGUCCCGGGCCUGGGACGGAAGUUGCAGAAGUACAAUUAGUUUCAGUUUUGUUUCUCUUUCAGGGACCCAGCAACAGUGGCUUCCGGACCUCAGGGCCCCCCAGUCCGGCCCUGGAGCCCAAGGUCAGCUCUGGCUAGGACCUGACUUUUGAAAACAGCCUUUACUUCUUCACAUUUGCUGAAUGUAUGCAGGGAGGAGAGAGGCAGCUCUUUAGCUCAAGAGACCAGAAGCAAAUUCCUGGCCAUUCAGAAUGGUUUCCCAGGGCUCCUCGCCCUCCCUGCUGGAAGCCCUGAACAGCGACUUCCUGGCCUGUAAAAUCUGCCUGGAGCAGCUGCAGGUGCCCAAGACUUUGCCCUGCCUGCACACCUACUGCCAGGACUGCCUGGCCCAGCUGGCUGAGGGUGGCCACCUCCGAUGCCCUGAGUGCCGUGAGUCCGUACCUGUGCCACCCACGGGUGUGGCCGCCUUCAAGACCAACUUUUUUGUCAAUGGGCUCCUGGAUUUGGUGAAGGCCCGGGCCGAUGGAGACCUGUGCGCAGGGAAACCGGCCUGCGCGCUGUGUCCCCUGAUGGGAGGCACCAGCGCAGGGGGGCCAGCCACAGCCCGGUGCCUGGACUGCGCUGACGACCUGUGCCAGGCUUGUGCUGACGGGCACCGCUGCACCCGGCAGACCCACACCCACCGGGUGGUGGACUUGGUGGGCUACAGGGCGGGGUUUUACGACGAGGAGGCCCGGGAGCGCCAGGCGGCCCAGUGUCCCCAGCACCCGGGGGAGGCUCUGCGCUUCCUGUGCCAGCCCUGCUCCCAGCUGCUGUGCCGAGAGUGCCGCCUGGACCCCCACCUGGACCACCCCUGCCUGCCCCUGGCCGAGGCUGUGCGUGCCCGGAAGCCAGGCCUCGAGGAGCUACUGGCCGGUGUGGACAACAACCUGGCCGAGCUUGAGGCCACUCGGAUGAUGGAAAAGGAAGCCUUGGCCCAGCUGCGGGAGCAGGCAGCCAGGGUGGGGACACAGGUGGAGGAGGCAGCUGAAGGGGUCCUCCGGGCCCUCCUGGCCCAGAAGCAGGAGGUGCUGGGGCAGCUCCGGGCCCACGUGGAGGCUGCCGAGGAGGCUGCUCGGGAGAGGCUGAGGGAGCUGGAGGGCCAGGAGCAAGUGGCCAGGGAGGCGGCCACCUUCGCCCGUCGGGUGCUCGGCCUGGGUCGCGAGGCUGAGAUACUCUCACUGGAGGGGGCGAUUGCCCAGAGGCUCCGGCAGCUGCAGGGUUGUCCCUGGCUGCCUGGGCCAGCCCCCUGCCUGCUGCCCCGGCUGGAGCUCCAUCCUGGGCUCCUGGACGAGAACUGCCACCUGCUCAGGCUCUCGUUUGAGGAGCAGCAGUCCCAAAAGGACAGCAAGAAAGAUGGAGCUGGAAGCCAGGUUGGCGAUGAAACCCAGCCCCAGAGUAGAGAUGGGGCCCAGACACCCCAAGAAGAUGGAGUUCAGAUCCUAAAGGUGGAGAGAGCCGAGUCUCCCCAAGAAGAUGGAGCCCAGACCCCCAAAGAGGACAGAGCCCAGACACCCCAAGAAGACGGAGGAGCGCAGAUACCAAGGGGUGGCAGAUCCAACAAGAAGAGGAAAUUCAAAGGCAGGUUCAAGUCAGUUUCCCGGGAGCCCAGCCCAGCACCCGGGCCAAACCUGGAGGGCUCCGGCCUCCUCCCCAGGCCCAUCUUCUUCUGCAGCUUCCCCACGCGGAUGCCGGGAGACAAGCGGUCUCCCCGGAUCACUGGGCUCUGUCCGUUUGGCCCCCGGGAGAUACUGGUGGCAGACGAGCAGAACAGAGCCCUGAAGCGCUUUUCCCUCAAUGGCGACUACAAGGGCGCGGUGCCCGUCCCCGAGGGCUGCUCCCCGUGCAGUGUGGCUGCCCUGCGGGACGCCGUGGCCUUUUCAGCCGGUGCGCGACUCUAUCUCAUCAGCCCUGAGGGUGAGGUGCAGUGGCGCCGGGCGCUGAGCCUCUCUCAGGCCAGCCACGCCGUGGCUGCCAUGCCAAGCGGGGACCGAGUGGCUGUCAGCGUGUCGGGCCACGUGGAGGUAUAUAACAUGGAAGGCAGCCUGGCCACCCGGUUUAUCCCUGGGGGCAAGGCCAACCGGGGCCUGCGGGCGCUGGUGUUCCUGACCACCAGCCCCCAGGGCAAUUUUGUGGGGUCAGAUUGGCAGCAGAAUAGCUUGGUGGUCUGUGAUGGGCUGGGUCAGGUGAUCGGGGAGUACCGGGGGCCAGGCCUGCACGGCUGCCAGCCAGGCUCUGUGUCUGUAGAUAAGAAGGGCUACAUCUUUCUGACCCUUCGCGAGGUCAACAAGGUAGUGAUCCUCGAUCCGAAGGGGUCACUGCUCGGCGACUUUCUGACGGCCUAUCACGGCCUGGAAAAGCCCCGGGUGACCACCAUGGUGGACGGCAGAUAUCUGGUCGUGUCCCUCAGUAAUGGGACCAUCCACGUCUUCCGGGUCCGCCCUCUUGACAGUUAAAGGGCUAGAACUGGGGCGGGACUGGGGCGGGACUGGGGCGGGACUGGGGCAGGAGAAGGGAGGCAGGGCUUCUGCUAAGGGCAUUUUCCCAGCGGGCAGAGGGUGGCAACUUUUCCACGUGAAAUGCCAAACCCCUCUGCAGGUGUGCAGGAAUAGGGACCAAGGCGGGUGGCGUGACCAAAACCCUCAGAAGCAGAGGAGGAGGGGUUGAAGGGUUUCUUGGUGUUGACCACCCUCUUGCUUUCUGUGGGUGACUGCUGCUGCCGCCGCUGUAGAGUCUAGGUUUCUGAGAUUUGUAAGCUAGGCCUGAUUUUCUUUCUGCACGACCAUUCCUGAUGGAGGAGCCAGGGGGAGACUUGAGGAGGCGGGUGGAAGGAAUCCUUUGAGCCAAGAAGGGCUCAGGGUCUGUCAAGGAUGUGCUUUCUGGAAGGGAGCUGAGAACCUGGCUCCCCUCAGACUGGAACAGGGACCCACCAGGUCAGAAGAGGCCUGGGUUUUUGAAAUGGCCAUAAAUGGCGUCUCCCACCAGCUGCAGCCAGGAAGUAGAGGUACCUCUGAUAAUGGUGCUCCCCAGGGAAGUACAGGGUGGGCUUUGUGGGGGGCCAAGUACAGACACCAGUCAAAGCCAAUAGGUGUUUACCUUGAAGUCCAUGAAGAGAAUGUGCUCCCAGAAGACAGAACCCAGUUGGGCUGGAGCCUAAAACACAGGGUUCUGAGUAUUAGAGAUGGGGAGACACUGGAUCUUACCCUCCAGCUCCCCUCCCACCUCCAAGCCAAUCGGAGGCAAGAUCUAUGUAGGAUGUAAAAUCUCUUCCGUUUUGAUGUCACUUCCUGGAGUUUAUUUUUAUUUCCCUUUAGUUUUCCAGCAUAAUUCCUUUCGAGAAAGUUUGGCCUUCACUUGGCUGAAUUAAAGGGUGAGGGCAUUUGUUAUUACUGCCAUUUUUUGGUGUGGAAAACAUCUAAUCUUAGAGGCCAGGUGUGGGAUUACAGGGCCAAACCAGAUGGAAAACCCGAGAAGUUGGUAGUGGGGCUGGGAUGGGUGGAGCAGUGAAAACCGCAGGGAGGGAUCCAGUCAGCAGUGAGCCAUGACCACCGGCCCUUUGCACGGGCUGGGGCAACGGUGGAACUGAGGUGGACACGUUUAUCCAGGGACUGUCAGGAGAUGACCAAAGGGAAUCUUCAUGUAAGGAUCAUGAACAAUGAGCGUUCAUGGGAACCAGAGAGAUUUUGGACAAGUCCAGAUGGAAAGCACAGGACAUUAGGUGUAGGGAAAAGAAAAUCCUUUUCCAGGGAGGUUAUUGAUUGUCUAAUGAAGCGAAAGGGGAAAUCAUCAAUGUUGGGGGUGGGGGGCAGCAAAUUCAGUUAUAUAAAAAUUUGAAAUGUAUGCACAGCAAAGAACAAUGAACAUGAAAGGAAAAUCACUAAGAUGAGGAUAUUACGUAGAGUUGAUCUGAGGGAGAGCUGAGUCUCCAACAUAUGCAGUGACUAAAGAGAUUUACUCGGUCAAAGGGACAAAUGAGCUGUGCACCCAGGAGGAACACACGCAGGCCAGGACACAUAAAAUAAAAAAUAAAAUAAAAUCAAUCCCUUGCAUUGGUUAAAAAUAUGUUUUUAAAACGAUGUCGUGGGGAAACAGACUCCUGGCGCUAUAAAACGAUGCUUCCUGGAGAAGUUUGGCAGUACUUGACAAGAGUCAAAAAAAAAAAUGAUUGUAAGAUAAAGUUAUCUCUCUUUGGGAAAUACUUUCUGGGAAAAUAAGUCAAGAGAAAAAUAGUAUUUGCCCAUAGAUAUUUGUGGCCACUCUAUAUAUUAUAGUCAUUGACAGGAAACGGCUCAGCUUGGGGGUAUUGCCAAGUAGAUUGUGGUCUAGCACGACAGUGAGGUACUGCCUUCGUGUAUGACAACUAUGAGAACUAUUUAGAAGGGUAUGAUGUUAUAUGAUGCAAUCAUAGGUUUAAAAAAAAUAUAUUUUGGAUUUAUGAUCCCAUAAGGUUAGCUACAGGGUAAAGUAUACCUGAAUAGUUCCCAGGUGGAAAUAGGUUGAAAAUAUGUAAAUAGUCAGUGACUGGGGAGAUUGGAUUCUGUUUGACUUAUUUCCUGGUAUUCAUAUAUGCACAUUUCUACUAGUUAUUAUUGUCCAUUAAAUAACAUAUGUACCUGAAUAUUUACGUCAGAAAAGUGUACCUCUAUAGAUGAUACUCAAAAUUUUUUUUCAAAAAAGUGAUAUUCAAGAAUAACCACUGGCCUUGCAAAUGAAUACAUGAGUCAGGAGAGACGGUUCUGUUGGAGGAGGGGUAGGAGUGGGAAGGGUCAUCAGAGCAGGGGCCUGUCUGGUGACUGGCUGAGGAAUUUGCCUGGGGAAGGUAUGCAGAGGUCAGGCGGUCCCCUCCGGUGAUUGGUCAUUGUGGAGGGUCCAGAGGUGGGGAAGGUCUUGUUGGGUUCACCAGCUAAUUCAGGACAACUGGAAAUCAAGAGCUGGUUCUGUGGAACCAGCUGGUAUAGAAUGAGUUACACGAGUGGGGUGCUGUGUCUGUCUUCUUUGCAGCUCUCUCUGCAGAGUCAGCAGUGAUGGCGUCUAGUAAGUGCUCAGUAAUGUCUGUGGAAUGAAUUGAUAUCUAGAAAUCAGAUGGGACCAACUGAAUCGUCCAAAACCUUGGCUUAUGGGAAAUAUCCAGUAGGGGGCACUGUGGACACAGACUACUCUAGCCUCCAGGAGGGUGGCUCAGCUCUGAGUCACAAAAGAGAUGAGAUGGUGGGGGGGGGGGGGGGAGGACCUGCUAAUGUGUGUGGAGCGGGUCCUGGGAGGUGCUGGCCUCUAGGGGAUCAUAUGCUUUCAGGUUGGAGCAACAGAUUUGCAGAGCUGCACAGGAAUCAUAUGCAGAGGGCCUGGCUGGUGGAACAGCUCCAGCCAAGUGGCUCACCUAGGAGGCAAAGCAGGAAUAGAGAACUUCAGAAGGGAAGCAUCACCUGCACGCAGGAAGAGAAUCCCACAGAUGCUCUAAAGAUGCAGGAGACACAGGGCUCUCCAGGACACUAUGAGAAUCCUGGGAAGCUGAGCAUCAGACAAUUGACAGAAAUACUGAAUUUUCUUUGUGGGAGGGUAGGGGUGGGAAGGCACCCGUGGCAAAUGUGAAGUGGAUGGGAAGUACAGCAUUGAGCAUAAUUUGGAGUUGAAAUCCCCAGCACCUCAGCUGUGACCCAGGAAUCCGAAUGAAUCCUGAAAAAAGCACCACUCAGCGCAGAGAGAGAGAGUUCUUGGUUCAGCUACAGGUGUUAAGAAAUCAGGAACAUCGUGAAAGAGACAACACCCCUCCACCCCCAUGCCGCCGUGGACCAUGGCAAUUAACGCGAUCGAUCAUUCCUUUUCCUGUUUGGAACUUUCCAGUUUGUGCACGUACUGGUGAAAGGAGGGUGCCUUUCAGGUAGAGAGAAAGAGCGGAGAACCCCGUUCAUAUUCUUUGUGCCGGAAAAAGGAAAGUGAUUGAGGCAGCAGAGACCUGGGUUGAGUGCUGGCUCUUCCACUAACUAGCUUUGUGGUCUUGGUCUAGCUCACUAACCUCUCUGAACGUCUUUUUCUACGUCAGUAAAAUAGGGAAGAUAAUAUCCAGCAUGCCCACCUCGCAGGGUUGUUGUGAGCAGUGGGUGUCUUUUGUAUAUCAUAAAGCUCAAAUCUGAGGUCUUGGUUAGGGAAAAGUUUAACCGACUUGUACUGACUUACUAGUCUUCCAUCAGGGUAAGCGCGAAUGGGGAUGUUCUGUGCGUGUAUUAUGAGGGGAAAGCUCAGGAAUGUCUGGGCAGAGUUACUACCUGCUUCUCCUUUGGAGGAGGCUGUUUCGCUUUCCAGCAGUUAUUUGGAGAAGCCAUUUGUAAGACACAACAGUGACCACAGGAACAGAAGGGACCAAUGGGCACCUUGCUAAGGGUCAGUGCUAUUCCAGCAGAGAAUCAGGCUGUACUAAUGAAGGCCUGAUAACCAGAGACAUGGAGACGUUCGAAACAGCAAGAGUGGCCCAAUCUUUUGAUAUUUGAGAGAAAAUAUAAUUUGGGAGGGAAUAACUCUCCUUUUGCUGUAGUCAUUAUUACUGUAUCUAUAAAACCAUGUCAUAUAAUAAAUCUCCAGAGACAAUAUUCAAAAAAGGCAGACAUCCAAGAGAGAAGUCAGAAAGAUUCCGAGGAAGUUGAUGAGGUUGGUGAUCUGAGCUGGGCAAGGUUCGGUAAGUAGGAGCCAAGAUCAAGGUGUUAGGCCAUCCCUCCUGGGCAGGUCAGCUGAGAACUACAGCUAUACCAUGCAUUAAAUGGGAGAUCGGAUGGGGGUACAGAGUUCUGUCUGGGGGAGAAAGCAGUCUUGGACUAGAGGGGGCAGGGAGCUGCCAGAGAGACUGCUCAAGAAGAUAGCCCAAACAGGAGAAAGGUCAAGUUCAGAUGCAGGCUUAGGAAAAUAGGUAACUUGACCAAAGCUAGCAGAACCAGCUUUCCCAACUGGUUCAUGAAUGUAGUUUAAUUAAGUGGAUCAGAACAAGAUCAAAAAUAGGUCUAGAGACCACAGAGUGAUUGGAGGGGUGGGGAAGGCACCGCAGGGUCAGCCGACUUCCCCUGAAGCCUGGGUGAGGGACCUUUGGGACUAGGCCGAAGAGGGCCGUAUGUAAGGAGGCAGUUAGGAAGCAGGUUUGGGGAGGUUUUAGAAGGCAAUCUGACUUGUCUUCCAAUUAAUUUUAAACAGGUUGCCUUAGCAACCAAGAGAAAUGGGGUUGAAAAAGGAAUCAGGGCCUCAGUACCACGGUGUCAGCCAGGCAGAUUUUUCUCAGUCCCUAGGGGCCGAAGAAUCUGGGCUGUAAACUCUUUCAUUCCUUUGAUUGUGUGCUUUAUAUCUUCUUCCUGUUUCUUAAUAAAUUCUUUGGAAAAACUUGAA